AUGCAAGGGGCCCACGCGGCAGCCACCGGAAUUGUGGGGCCCAUGUCACAGCAGCUGAUGGGCUUGCAGCACCAUGCGGGCCCAAUCCUGGGCUCCUUGGAGGGUCAGAAGCACAUGACGCCUCUCCCUCCUUGCGCCACGGUCCGGGGCGCGGGCUUGUCCCCCCUUACCGUCGGGUCUCUCUCUCAGCAGUUCAGCAACCUCACACAACCCGUACUGUCACAGCCCCGUGCCGCAGGCGAAGUCGACCCUCGCGGCCCACUAGGUGCAGGGGUGACUCCCAGACCCCGCAAACGCGGGAUUCGGAGUGGAGAGCCUGACCCCAGCUACACGCCCUCAGCCGUGCCCGUGGCCUCUUCUGAUAUGGGCGAGCCAGCCAAACGGCAACGCAGCAAGAACUGGGAGGAGCCUGAGCUCAAGCUUCUUGGGUACCUCAUGUCAGGCAUUUGGAAUACGUGCAACGCCACGCACGUCGCUUUCAAGCCCACCGGCAAGAAGGUCAGAGCCAUGAUUGAGGAGCAGGCGCGGUCACACGGGUUGGGCCACCGCAGCGUGCAAAACCUACAGAAGAAGGCAACCUACAGAAGAAGGCAACCGAGAUGCUGGACUGCGCCAGGACGGCUAAAAUGUGUAGGUCAUGAGACUCCAGCUUUCCUGGGGAUGCAGGUGGCCAAGUACACGCACAAGAAGACGGGCUUCAACUCCCGUACCAUCUGGCAGCAUGAGAAACGCGAGAUGAUCAUCAGGCAACUUAAGCUCCCGCCCUGGUUCACGGAGACGGUGUUGCACAACAACGUGAAGGACGCUUGCGUCAUCCGCAUCUUCUUUUCCCAUUGCUUGUCGGUCCACACCUGGUACAUGUACCGAUCGUAUGUGUCCGUGGACCUCGGGAAUGCGUACCAGGGGCACGUAUACAUCCUGAAACUGUGUGGAUGCGCAGUGACGAUGCCAGCGAGCUCUGCCGUGUCCUCAAGCGCCUUUGCCACGUCGCGCGCCAAGUCCAGAUUUCCAGAUGUUAGCGCCAGGUUGUUCAAUUGCGCAAGCUGGACCGUCAAAAGCGCUAUCCAACAACUUAGAAACAAAGGACAAACAGGAACACGCAAACCACGCAAAUUUGACGAGAUCGCUGCACAGACGGUUGUGGAGCUGGUGCAGGCCGACGACCAAGCAUUGCUCUCCGAUCUGGCCACCGCUAUGACAAACUUACUGGGCACUCAUUGGAGCGGCCCUGAUAUUAGCCGUGCAUUGUCUGAGCUGGGUUAUGUCCGCACGAAGGUUUUUACCAGGGCAUUCGAGGCACGGGAAUCAGCUCAGCUGGCAUAUCCGGUUCGGGGGAGCGGGCAGGGUUCAUUGUUCAUGCUGAAAUCCAUAAUAACCACCUGGAAUCACCAUGCCCCAAUGUUUGCGUCAAAUGCUUAUAUGUUUCCGGGGGGCCCCGCCCUUUUCCCGGCUUCGAGAAUACCGAUACCCGACUUGUUUCUCGUUAAACUGCAUCUUGAGACGCAAGAGUUGGAGCUCCUUCUCGCGGAGUUGGAGCUCCUUCUCGCGGAGUUGGUGCUCCAUCUCGCGCAAUUGUCUCGAGCACCUGGGGCUUUCAACGGGAAGUCUAGAUGCUUUGCACAGACUCAGGAUUUGGCAGCUCGGGAGCCACGAACUCAACCUCUUGACCUACUUUUUGCAAAAACAAAGUCGGGCACAAUUGAGGCGUUACAAGUUUUGGAUGAUGGUGACGGAUACAUCUUUACAGCCCUAUGGAAGGGUCAAGUGCUUAAGUUUACAGCAGCCCCGAGGGAUGCUGUGGACCAAAGCUGGACAACAGAACGUAUAGGCUCACAUCCACUGGACGACAGCGAACUGGUCAGGGCAUUCCCCUGCCUCCGGGGCAAGCUCCUGGAGGAUUUGCACAGCCACGCAGGUAACCCGCCGACCGCCUUCGCCUCUAUUUCAUAUGUCUACUCGUUGUCCCAGCUGCAGGACGAGGUCACGCGGGAUGCGGCCUUGUGGUGUGAGGGUACGCGGCCCGGGGCCCCUCCGAAGACCGACCUCCAGAGUCUGACACUCACAGCCGGAGAGCUUGUGUCGCUGAUGCAAGGCAAACGCGGGGUGGUGAUUGUGCAGUUGUGGAACGGGUUUGACCGGAGUCGCGGCCAACCGCUGUACGACCCAUGGGUCGUGGACCUGAUUGAGGCGGCGCUGAGAACUCCAGGGGUGCGCGCCCUGCCGUCCGUCGCACCUGGCGGGGUGGGUCUUACUGCCGUACUGUUUGCGGACAAGGAGCCCUGGAGCGCCUGGGGACCACACCUUGCGUCCUUCGGGUGCCAGCCUACGGCGCAACCCCAGUUCGUAAGGGGCACCCUGACCCCUCCCUACAUCGCUGGUGUCUGCUCCACUCGUCCGUGGUUCGUCUUAACUGAACCCCCUUCGUCACCUCUCGGUGCCGUUCCCCGCAUCUUCCCAUCGCAUCCUCGGACCGCCGCCCAAUCCUCCGGUGCGGCCAAUACGGUGGCGGGCAGCGCGUACUACAAAGUGCUCAUCGGCAAGAUCCUGGGCUACAGCGAUGAAAACAUAUAUGGAUAUGUGCGUUCUGUGGGCGGCGGUCUGACCCCCGCUGUCAUCGCUCAGGUGGACGCCGAUUUGAAGAAGCUCAGCAAGGCCAAACCCAAGCUGCCGUGGAGCAGGGAGAGCAGCAGGGGGAAGAAGGCUCCAGCGGGAACAGGAGCGGCGCCAUCACCAGCAGCAGUAGCAAUUACAACUGCAACCGCGUCUUCUCGGGGCGCAGCAGUCAAGGCGACUGAGAGCAGUCGUGGCCACCGCAGCAACGACAAGAAGUAG